UGUGAGAGGAGUGUGCAUGAACCUGUCUGCAGUGCUUGGCUUAAUCUCAUAAAGAACCGACCAAUCCAGUCCAAAUAGACCAGACCAAGCCAGAUCAGACCAGAUAACCAUGGCAGAAUCAUGUCAUGUAUCACUGAUCCUAAUGGUCAUCCUUACAAUCAGAGGAGUACUGGGCCAGAGGAUCAUUGGAGGUCUGGAGGUAUCACCCUACUCUAUAACAUACCAAGCCUCCAUCCAGUACAACAAAUACCACUACUGUGGAGGGACCCUCAUUCACCCUCAGUGGGUGGUGUCUGCUGCCCACUGCUGGAGACCGGCAUACCUGAUCAAAGUGGUACUGAGUGAGCACAGUCUAUCCAGAGCGGAAGGCUUUGAGCAGGAGUUCAACGUCUCCAAUGUGCUGGUCUACUACAUGUAUAACUACAGGACGUUCGACAAUGACAUCAUGCUGCUCAAACUGGGGAGGCCCGUGAAUCUCAAUGCCAACAUCCAGCCCGCCAUCCUGCCCAGAGUGGACAUGCCCCCGUUGCAACAGGGAAUGACCUGUACGGUAAGCGGCUGGGGGGUCACCAAUAUCUUCAGCUACUACCUGUCCCCCGUGCUCCAAGCUGUGGAUGUUGACGUUAUCACCAACUGCCAGAACUACUACUCCUUCAGCAUCACAGACAACAUGCUCUGUGCCGGCUCUCCCUUCGGAGGGAAGGACUCCUGUCAGGGUGACUCAGGCGGCCCUCUGAUCUGUAAUGGACACUUUGAGGGCAUCGUGUCCUGGGGCAUCAGCUGUGCCAACCCCUACUUUCCUGGUGUUUACACCAAGGUCAGGAAGUACAUCAGCUGGAUCAAGUGGAUCAUGCAGAACAACAGCUAGCGACGCCGUCUUCUCCUUUGUAAGGAUCACAAUGGAUAUACCAUGUACAGAAACUGAUAGUGUAUCGAUAUGGGACAUAGAUGCUGAACUACCCACCGUAAACCAUUACCACCAGUUUUUUUUUACUAAAUAGAAAACACGAAAAAAUACACUCAGGUCUAUUUUCUCUCUUAUGGCUACUGAAUGCUGUACUGAAUAUGUCAAUAGUGAGUGAUAUUGUCUUUUUGCUGAUAGAAAGCUUCUAGGUAAUAGUGUUAUCAGCAGACAGACGUGAUAAACCUCCAGCCCAUGUAAUCAUUUGUUGAAUAAGAAAAAACCUACGUACACUUUACGUCCAUUGAAAAACAUCGGGAAAAUACACAAGGGUUGGUUUCGUUUGUCCAGUCACCAAACAGAAAUAGAGUUUAAGACACACUAAAGCGUCUGUGUCUGCACUGUUAGUUGACAUUUUUUCCCCUCUAUAUCAUAUUUUGAUUAAUAUGUUAUUUUGUAUGUCUUAGCAAACACAUACUUCUUAUCCAUUUCACCUGUUGAUAAAUAACGUUUGUGAGGUUAUUUUGGUUUUUCCUUUGUGCUUUCCCAU